AUCCUCAUAGGGCGAAGAUUUAAGGCUAGUAUUUGCUGUACGGCGCUGGUGAGAAAUCAUACAGAAAGUUUUGACUCCGUUUGACAGCUUCGAAAUAUUGGACGGUUUCUAUGUAGGUGAGUUGCGUUCAUGGAGACCUCCUAGCCUCGUGUACUGUCAUAAACUGCAGCCGAUGGGCUUGCUGUCUAUCCGCCUCAGAAGCUGAAGGUACCUGCAGCUGGCAUUGCUUUGUUUCCCUUAAUGUUCGUGCUUAUGACAAGUCAGUCUCCUGAUUUCAGUUCUCUUGUGCAUGCAGACGGAAAUUCUACUUGGACAACGAAUUAUACAUUGCCUGUCGCCCUAAUAAAUGCGCCAAAGGCUUUGAUACAUUCUCAUACGAAGGCGAAGGAGGAACCUGACCAAACGUCCACCAUUCUGUUGCUCAAGAACCCAGCUCUCAUAUCAUACGCCCGCCGUGGCCAUGAGUUCUACGCAACAAACGGUGUCGUCUGUUCCCCAAUUAAAUAUGGACUCUUUAGGAGUCUCCUCUGGCGGCUUACCCCUCGGUGGAGCCCUAGCAGACAUGAAUGUCAGGUCCUCUCCUGCGCCGCCAAGCAACGCGUCAGUCCAGGCUGAUGGUACAAGGUCGAAGCGCACAAAGCGAGAUAGCCGCAAGAAGCGCGAGGCCAAGGGUCUGGACCAAGAUUCACAACUCAUCAAGAAGAAAGCUGUUGCUGUCCAAAAUGCUGCGCUUCCGAGCUCGGAAUUGAGUAUAUUACGGCCCUUGUUGCUUGCUGAGCCUCGAGCCUCGGAUAGAUCACCUCCACAGCCUCGUCAGAUGAAUUUCGUGAAUAGGAAGAAAUUGGAAGUGACUGGGCAGAGCUGGGACUUUUAUGAGGUUGUCGACAAGCUCACCAAUAAGAAUGGCUUUCGUUAUAGCUACGCAAUAGCCGACCCGGGCUUUCCGCACAUCAAAUAUCGACAAACGGAUGUCUCUCCUUACUAUGCUCGGUUCAGCUUCGAAGACUCGCCGGCUGCUAUUCUCUUCAGUGAAGAUGCUCGUGCUGUAACGACCAACGAGCCUUGGCAUACUGCACGAGCCAAUGUUUGCGCGCGAGAAGGAUCAUACUAUUAUGAGGCGCGCAUAGUAAGUGGUGUUAUGAAUGAGUCACAGUCAGCUUCAAAUGGGAAUACUGGUAUAGCUUCACGAGGUCAUGUCCGACUCGGCUUCGCACGAAGGGAGGCUGAUCUUGAUGUCAAUGUUGGAAUUGACUGUUAUGGCUAUGGUAUACGUGAUGUGAAUGGAGAAGUGGUCAAUCGGAUGCGCUGCGAAUAUUUUUUCCCCAAGGGCGAAUCUAUUCGAGAAGGUGAUGUUAUUGGACUUUUGAUAACACUGCCGCCUUUGGCUCUCCAUAAAAAGAUUGUUGAAGGCACAUAUGAACCUAACGUCGACGGGGAUCAUCCAACAACGAUUUUAGGCCCGUCAAUCGUGACCAACAUCAUUCGUGACCGCAUUCCGUUCCAUUACAAGUCUGAUUUCUGCUGGCAGCAAUCGAACGUUUUUUCAACGAAACAGCUGCGGGAUUAUGCAUUCAACCUGAAAGAAACACCGACAUUCGGUCCACCUUCACCUCUCAAUGGCGAGGAUGCAUCUUUACGUACCCUUCCUGGUUCUAGUAUCACAGUAUUCAAGAAUGGAGUGAAAAUGGGUACACCCUUCAAGGAAUUGUAUGCUUUUCUCCCGCCCGCAAGCCGAUUAGCCAACGGUACCAAUAAUCUGGGUAUCGGUGAGCGUGAGAAUGCUGACGACGGAAUGAUUGGUUAUUACCCCGCUGUUAGUUGUUAUGGUGGAGGUGCUGUUGAAUGCCGCUUCGAAGGCCCAUGGUGGUUUGGUCCCCCAGCCGAAACCGAGAGCAACGAGCCAGUGUACGGAAUAGGCGAGCGAUUCAACGAGCAGAUAGUAGAAGAUGUUAUCGCCGAUAUUGUUGAUGAAGUGGAAGCCAUGUUUGUCUGGGGUGGCGUGGACGGCAAUGUUGUCGGCAAUGCUGAAAUCGACGGCUCUGGUAGUGGGGCUUUUGGAGGCUCGGAUGUGCUGAGGGGGGACGUUGAGGCUGCCUACGAAUCUGCUGUAUCCUCAAAUCCUAGAUCCCAAAAUGUCGCUCUAGCUAACGCCACUAACCGGGGACCCGCCGGUGCAGCGGAUUCUGGCCGAAGUCACACCACUUUUGAAGACGUGAUGAGAGUUGACACUGGGAAUACGCCGAAUCCGGAGACACAUUUGUCUGCGGUGCCAGAAACUACUGCAGACGACGAGGAUGUGGAAAUGUUGUGAACGAUACCUUCUAAUAUAGAAUCCGGAUGAUACCCUUCAUGCUCUCAACGUUGGG